UUAUUCCAAUGGAAACAGCUGGAGAACCUAUAUUUCCGUGAGAAAAAAUUCGCCGUUGAAGUUCACGAUCCACGGAGGAUUUCUGUGUCAAGAAGAACCUUUGGGCAAAGUGGCCUCUUCGUGCAAACGUGGUAUGCAAACCCUUCUCUCAUCAAGUCCAUCUGGGUAAUGGCAAUUAGUCAGCAUCAGUUUUACUUGGACCGGAAGCAAAGCAAAGCAAAAAUUCCUUCAGCCAGGAGUUUAGACGAUAUCGCGAUGGAUUUGACCGAGACAGGAACACCGAGGGUCUCCAAAAUGGUGACACUGGAGGCCAAAACUCAGUUCAUCAUGGCGAGCAAUGGCAGUUUAAUCUCUUCAGGUUCUCAAGACUCAGAAGUUAGCGAGGAGCAAAAGAGAGAGAAAAUCCUGGAGCUCAAGAAGAAGGAAAAGCUCUUGCAGGAAAAACUCCUGAAAAAAGUCGAGGAGCUUAAGAAGAUCUGUUUGCGGGAGGCUGAGCUCACCGGCAAAAUGCCAAAAGAAUAUCCGCUGAGCGUAGGUGAGAAACCGCCUCAGGUCAGAAGGCGUGUAGGCACUGCGUUCAAAUUGGAUGACAACCUGCUGCCAAGUGAACAGGAUCCUGCUUUGCAAGAACUGGAGAGCAAUUUCCUAAUACAGCAAAAGCUGGUUGAAGCUGCAAAGAAACUUGCCAACGAGCCAGACCUUUGUAAAACCGUGAAGAAAAAACGAAAGCAAGAUUACACAGAUGCGGUGAAAAAGCUUCAGGAGAUUGAAAACGCGAUAAAUGAAUACCGAAUCAGAUGUGGAAAGAAACCCAGCCAGAAAGCAACGGUUAUUUUACCAGAAGACAUAAUCCCAUCAGAGAGCAGCUCCUUGUCUGACACUACCACCUAUGAUGAUUCUAAUGACACCUUCGCUCUUGCCGGGCAGCGACCAAGUUCAGUACCUCAUUCUCCAAGAAUUCUUCCCCCCAAGUCUCUCGGUAUUGAGCGAAUCCAUUUCAGAAAGUCGUCCGUCAAUGAACAGUUUGUGGAGACCAGGCAGUCCAGGGAAAUGCUGUCGACACACGGCAGCCCUUGCAAAACCCUGGAGCGGCGGCCCCUGGGCGGACAGAGCAUGCCCACCACCCCAGUUCUGACCCGCAACGCCUACAGCACCAGCCACUUGGAACCCGAAUCUUCAGCCCAGCACUGUCGCCAGCGCAGUGGAAGCCUUGAAUCUCAGUCCCACCUGCUGUCUGAGAUGGACAACGAUAAGCCAUUUUUCUCCCUCUCCAAAUCCCAAAGAAGCAGUAGUACGGAAAUCCUGGAUGAUGGGUCUUCCUACACCAGCCAGUCAAGCACAGAGUAUUACUGCGUGACGCCCGUCGCCGGCCCCUAUUACACUACCCAGACUCUGGACACUCGUGCCAGGGGCCGGAGAAGGUCCAAGAAACAGAGUGUUUCAACUUCAAAUUCAGGAAGCAUGCCCAACCUAGCACAAAAGGAUAGUUUGAGGAAUGGCGUCUACACAAAGAGCCAGGAACAGCCUUCUUCUGGUUACUAUAUUGCUGGGUACACACCCUAUCCCGAGUGCGAUCUUUAUUACAGUGGCGGCUACGUCUAUGAGAACGACACGGAAGGACAGUACAGUGUCAAUCCUUCCUACCGGGCCUCGGCCCACUACGGCUAUGAGCGCCAAAGGGACUAUAGCAGGUCCUUUCAUGAGGAUGAGGUCGACCGGGUGCCCCACAACCCAUAUGCAACUCUCCGGCUGCCCAGGAAGGCUGCUGCCAAGUCAGAGCACAUCACCAAAAACAUCCACAAGGCCUUAGUUGCAGAGCACCUGCGUGGCUGGUACCAGCGGGCCUCUGGGCAGAAGGAUCAGGGGCACAGCCCACAGACUAGCUUUGACUCAGACAGGGGAUCGCAGAGGUGCCUGGGGUUUGCGGGGCUGCAAGUACCCUGCUCUCCCAGCAGCCGAACAUCCUCCUACUCUUCCG